CUUACAUCAGCAAAAUGCCUGUUUUGUGAAAUAGCUGAAAAAUAAAUCACCAUUUAUAGUAAAAAUGCGAAAACCACGUAAAUAAACAUGUCUCAUUGCGCAGGGAUGGCAGAAGUAUUCCGAAAUCUAGAAAAAGAAGGAAAAACCAAUAUCGAUAACUUAGUGAAAUGGAUGCAAGAUUCAAAACUGAUAGAGUCUACGAAAGAAGAACAGGACCGGGCCAGGGCAAUGUUCAGCGCAGUGGCCGACGCUACCCGCAUCACAAUGGACGAGUUCAAGCAUGUCAUCUCGCAGCUGGCCGCAGGUAACGCGGAGACUGUUGAAGACUUCUCCAGGCAGCUGGCUGAUGAAGGACCCUGUCUCAUGAGAGCGGCUACUCAGGAGAUGGCUGAAGUAUUCAGAGAUCUUGAAAGAGAAGGAAAAACCAAUAUUGAGAAUUUAGUGAAAUGGAUGCGAGAUUCAAAACUAAUAGAAUCGACCAAAGAAGAACAAGACAGAGCCAAAGCACUUUUCAGCGCAGUAGCCGACGUGACACGCAUUACAGUGGACGAAUUCAAACACGUGAUCUCGCAACUAGCCGCGGAUAACAGGGAUACUGUUGAACACUACUCCAAGCAGCUCGCUGAUGAAGGACUGAGGGUGAAGAGAGCCACAGAUGAGGGUAUCGCGGCGUUCAAAGAUGCUCUGGCAAGGAAAUGAAGAGUUCAUAGUUUUUCUGGGAAUUUGGUGUUUCUUUGUGGUGUGGGUAAUUUAUGCGUUUACUAAAUGAAAACAUUUCACUACGCCACUGAUACACCAAAAAGGGUUUUUGAACUAUGAAAGGGUAAAGCAAAUGAUAAGAUUUCACCGGAGUGCGAUGUUAUUGCGCUUACAGAUGAUUCUUCUGGUCUGGUCGCCAUCACUGAUGAUCUGACUGUAUCCAAGGACUCAUUGAUUGCCGUCCAAGUAUCCAUAUAAGUCCUGAGAGUG